AUGUCCGAACAAGCAGCCCAACAAGUUCAAGAAGACCCCUCCUCUAGCAACCUCUUAGACUUGGGGGAGAAAUUGAUUAAUGAAAAUAAUCUCCAGGCUGGUGCCGAAGCGUUGUUUCAUGCCGAAAGCAAGGAGCAAGAAAUGGGCAACCAGAACUCCGAUGUCCAACUGCGUAUUUCUGAGCUCAUUGGGCAAUUGACCCCGAUGUUGGUGGGAAGCAAUGCCUCUUCUGACGGGUCCAACGAUAAGGGCUUGCCACAGGAGUUGGUCUCUGGGUUGAUGGGUAGCAACAGCCGCAUAAGCCAAUUGAAGAUGUUGGCCACCGUUGCCAGCCUUACCGGAGGCUCCGGUGGUGGUCUUGGCGAAUUAGUUUCUAUUGCUAGUUUAGCUGGUGGAAGCAGCGGUGGGUUGAACGUGGCUUCCUUGGCUUCUAAGUUUUUGACUUAG